AGGGCGCUCUAGCCCCGCUGCCGUAUUUGUCUCCUCCGCGGCCACUCGCAACGCGCACUGAGCAUGCUCAGGAGACUUCCCUUUUUUUUUUUUUGCUUCGUGUUUUCGUGUGAAGGAAAUGGCGGGAAAAGCGCCGCUCGGAGGGAAGCCCGGCGGGACGCCAGAGUUGGAGGCGGGAGCCCGGCCGAAGCAGAGAGGAGGAAGAAUCGUGCCGUCGCGUUACUUGCAGUAUGACAGGAAAGGAACUGGGAAGGCCACCUCAAACACCAGCCUGUCCUUUGCCAAACUGGAAAAGACUGCCCCUCCUAAGAGACCAUUGGUUCAGUUUCAGAAAUGCAAAACCUCGGCAGAAGCUAUAGGUGUAUUGCAGUCAACUCUGGUGGAAAGUCAUGGGAGUUCCCGGCCUGACCUGGAAGUGUCUGCGAUCGAAGACAAAAGCCAUCUCAAGAUAUCGAUUUCAAAGCCAAGUGUACAAGUCACCUCCCGAAAAAAGCAGACCCCGGCAUCUUCUGAUCCUGACGACCUGAUUGGGAUGCUGAACUCUCAGAUUCUGCUGUUAACCUAUGCCUCUGUAAAGAUGGAGAAGAAUCUUGCCCUUCUGGCAGAUAAUUCAGAGAAGAGCUUGAUAACACUCUGUGAGGAAGCUGGGAGACUUCAGGCAGAAGUCCACAAAAAGAAACUCAAAUUGCAGCACCUGAAGAAGAAGCACCAGCUCUCUGAAGCACUGGACAGACAGCUUGAAGCACUCGGUCCUGUUUCUCUGCUAUGCACAAAGUUCAGGGAGGAAUACCAACAUUUUGCCACAGCCCUGGACUCAACGAGGCAUGAGCUGCCUGUGAAAGAGAUCUACAUGGAAGGGAACAAAAGCCAGUAUCUAGACAGUUUGCGGAAGGUCCUGACCGUCACUCAGAAUGUUUUGCACGAAACCUUGUCAGAGCACUCUGAAGAAAAUGCCAAAGCACUGAGUGUUGUGAAGGAGCUGGAGAAGGCAUCCUUGAAGGUGGUGGCAGAGCUGCCAAGGACCUUUACACAUGUCCUUGACUUGUCUGCUGAUGUGAGCAAAGAGGCCUCGCUGCAUCAUCAGAAAGUGUGCGAAGACUCCAAGGGUCUGGAGAACGUGAGGCAACUGUACUUCUGCUAGGCCAGUGGCUGUUGGUGUCACUUGCCCAAACAGCAAACUGAUCCACCAGGUCUGUCAGCAGCGUCUUGUUUAUGCAGCAUAAGGACUAAAGCUGCACUUCGCUGCUAAGUUGCAAUAGCGCAGGGGGUGUGCCUGCAUGUAUGACUAUGCAGUUUGGCCCCAAACUUUUGCGUCUGGCAGCGUAUGCUGUCAAAGAGAUUGAGAGGUGGCAAAAUGGCUGCCAGGAAGACUCUUCCCCCCUGAAAGGCAGUUCAGCCUAAGGGAAGACAAGAUGUGUUUGUACUUUGGAGUUCUUGUAUUUUUGCAUUAAAACAUUUUUCAACUGCAAGGCUAGCUUCAGCCUUGUUUGCUGUCCUAUUUUCUAUUUACAUGCACUGGAUCAUUUACAGCAGCAAUUGGGGGACUUCUGUGGCUCUCCAGAUGUUUCUGGACUCCACUUGCAUCUUCAUCCCUGCCCAUUGGCCAUGCUGGAUGCUGGGCAUUGAGAGUCCAACAACAGAUGGAAGGUCACUAGGCUGGAAUUUCACAUGUGGGUGGAUGGAUGGAAGAAUGGGGGGGAGUCAAUGUAAAGCAAGGCCCCACAACUGUUGCUGGACCCCCAAUCCCAUCAGCCUUGGCAGCUGGCGUGGCAUGAAUGAUACUGGAAGCUGGAGUCCAGCAACAUCUGGAGCGCAUGCAUGUUUGAGGGAACCUUCAUUACAAAAGCCUUUUUCCCCCUGCAAAGGUUAUAGCAGUGACUAUUUGGACAGGAGUGUUCUUUGAGUAAAGCAAUUUGGUCUUUCCUGCUGCAAAUUGGGUGAAAUGUUUUCAAAGGAACCUCAGUCCUCCUAGCUUCUAAUUUAAUUUCAUGGAGUUGAAUCCAACUGUGUUCUGCUCAAGAGUAGAUCCGUUGAAAUUAGUAGAUCUGUCAGUCAUGUUCAUUAAAUUUGAUGGGUUGACUCUGAGCAUAAUACAACCCAUCUUAAACAUUAAUUAAUUCGUGGCCAGCCUCUUCUGAGAAGGCACCUUCUGUUCUGAUUUUUUUAAACACCAGCUGAAAACUUUUCGAUGUCACCAGGCUUAUGCAGAUAACUGAGACGGUAUCUUUCUGCAAUAGUUAAUUGAUUUCUGAUUGUAAAUUUGUAUAUAGUUCUAUUCUGUGUUUAUAUGUUGUAAAUGGCAUUAAUUUUUUUAAUGAAUAGCAGUAUAUAAAUACUUUCAUAAAUAAAUGUGAACUGUUUUGUGAA